AUGUCUUGGCCCAGCUUUCGAGGAGGAGGCGGGUCUUCGCAGAACAUCACCUUCGUCUUCAUACCGUACGGACAGCACCCGAAGAGCCCAGAACUUGGCAACAACACGGCCAUGCCCACGCUUCGUCACCGUAACAUGGACGACCAUUUUCCCCAUGGAGACUCAUCCCCGAUACUGUACCUGUCUGCCCUUGCGCGUUCCCGGACCCUCAUCAAACAGCCAGGUAUCCCCGUCGCCAUGGAGGUCGCAAACCGUGGUCUCGACCUCGAACAGGAGUUGACCUGCUCCAUAUGCGCCGAAGUCCUCUACCAGCCGCUCACCCUCGUCGACUGUCUGCACACCUUCUGCGGAAGCUGCUUGAAAGAGUGGUUCCAGUUCCAAUCCACCUCCGCGCGCAAUGCCCCGAACGCCCUGUCCGCGGGUGCCACGAAAACACCAUACACCUGCCCCUCAUGUCGCGCGCUGGUGCGGGAUACGCGACACAAUGCGACCGUGACGACGCUGCUGGAGAUGUUUGUGGCUGCGAACCCGGAGAAGGCGCGAACGAAGCAGGAGCGGGAUGCGAUGAGGGUCAAGUAUGCGCCGGGCGACGAUGUGUUGCCAAAAACUGAAGUGAGGGAGAUGACGCUUCGGGAGAGGAGGAUUGAGGAUGCGGAUCGCAGGUUGAUGAGUGAGGUGCGCGAUUUGAGUUUGCGGGAGGUCGGUGUUGAGAGGGAGGACUUGAGGAGGGGGGAGAGCAGGAGGAGGGAGGAGAGCUCGAGCUCGAGGAGGCUGAGGAGCGCCGGGGGGAGCGUGGACAUGAGUCGGGAUGGGUAUGGGAGUGGAAGUGGAACGGGUGUUGGAGAAAGGGAGGGGGAUAGGAGGAGGAGGAGGGAGACGGCGAGUGCGAGUGGAACGAGGAGGACUGAGACAGAAUCUACAGAUGAACGCAGGCGACGGAGGAGUAUUGAGAGAGGAAGUACAACUUCUGUGCGGCAGAUUGAACAUCAGUCGUCGUUGCGGUCACUGAUCAGUUCUUCGGACGUGGAUUCGCAGGAGAUGGAAGCGGAGAUUUUGCGCCAGAUCAGAGAGGAGGGAUUGCUGGAUGGGAUCGACUUGGAGAAUAUCGAUGUCAGUCAAGAAGACCAGAUCAGUGAGAGGAUAGCAGAGGCAUUCAGGAGGAGACAGAGCGAGAGGGCUCGACAGGCGCCCGAGAGGAGGAGUGCUACGAGCGCGAGGAGGCCAGAGCCAGAGCCAGAAGUGGACUUCAGGCAUACAUCUGUAUCUGGCCCUGUUUCUGCAGAGACAUCUGGGGAGGAUGGACCCCGGACCCGCUCGUCGAGCAGGAGGACGCACUCGAGGUCAACCAGCACGAAACCGCAUUCGAGGUCAACGAGUGCCGUUAGUGCGGAGCGCCCGAGUCGACCGCCUCCGUCGGUGAGUGCUGCUCAGGCAGCCCAUUUGGAGGUGCACUCGGGCGACGAUGGCAGAAGGCAUAGACGGAGGCGGACUGAAGACAUUGGCGCUCGAAGAUCUACAACGGUCCCUCGCCCGGUCGCUGGGACCGAAGCCAGACCUGCUGCGAAGUCAUUGACAGAUCUGAGUUCCAGUUCCAGAAGCAGUCCGAGGCCACACUCUGCACAUUUGCCUACUGCACGCCCGAUGUUCUUGGAUGGUGUCCGGAGCAGUACUGAUCCUCCUCCGCAUCAAGUCUCCGAAUUGCCCAUUCUUGGUCAGGUCUCUCGGCCGUCACAACUAUCACCAAAUUCCAGUCCAAGAUUCGAGAACUCGCAGCCUGCUGGUGGAGAGAUGAAGACUAGAGCUAAUGCUCAAGCAGAUAUCUUCCUACAAACUUCAGGUCCACUGGCAGGCCUCACGUCCCCGGACCAGAGCUUGGUGCCCGCACCACUCUCUAAAAGGGACUCCUCCCCAGCAGAUAGGGCCGCUGCCAUUUCGAGUGGCUCUCGGCCAAGUUCCUCUUCCUCCGGAGCGCCCAGGGCUCGCUCACAGCUAUACCCUGAGCCCUCUCUGACCUGUGCUCGAUGUGCAAAAACUCACAUCGAGUAUGAGCUCCAUUAUAACUGUGGUAUAUGUCGCAAUGGGGAGUACAACAUAUGCUUGUCAUGCUACCGAUCCGGAGCUGGAUGUUUACACUGGUUUGGCUUUGGACAAUCUGCGUUUGAGAAAUGGCAGAUCAAGAUUCAGUCUGGAGAGAAGGUGGAACAGCCACACAUGCUGUCGGCGAGUCGAUACGUCCCACCAAAGAUAGUGCCAGGAGGAGCAGAUGGUAGGAGGACUCUCACUACAGAUGAUCCACACAAGAGACUUCAGAGUGGCACCUUCUGCGCAAACUGUCUGGCAUGGGCCAACGAAUGCUACUGGCUCUGUAGUAUAUGCAACGACGGCGACUGGGGAUUUUGCAACCUCUGCGUCAACCAAGGCAGAUCCUGCAACCACGCCCUUCUCCCACUAACCUACAAACCAGCCGAAUCUAACAUCCCACACAUACUGCCAUCUCAUGAUCAGAAAACGCCCGCCUCAGCCUCAAUCCUCACCGGCCCCGGCGUCAUGGACCUAGGCAACUUCAAACCCCUCUCGUUCUCCACCAAGUGCGACAUCUGUCGCUACCCCAUCCAGCCCUCUCAAUCCCGCUACCACUGCUUCUCCUGCAUCAGCCGCGUCCCGGGCACCUUCCCAGGCGACUACGAUAUCUGCACAUCCUGCUACACCAAACUCGUCGUCACAUCGCGGCGCAUCAGCGCCGACAACGGCCAUAACGGGUGGCGUCGCUGUCUCCAAGGCCACCGCAUGGUAAUCGUCGGCUUCGAAGACAGCCAGGGCGGCCAACGUCGGGUUAUCGUGCAAGGCCUCGUCGGCGGCCACGGGCUCAACGAGCAAGCCUUCCCCAACCCGGACCCCUCCUCGGGCGCGGAACUCCAGAAAUGGACAUGGGGCGACGGCGUGCACACCAAAGGCGACGACACCCACGCCAAGCUCGUGACGACUGAUGUGAUGAAGAGCGCACCCACCAAAUUCCCGGAUCUGGUGCUGGACAGCAAGUUCCCGCCCGACGGCGGCGUGGGCAUGAUCUGCGUGGCCCAGUGGAGCUGGUACCCUGCCCCUGGCGCGGAAGACGAGUUGCUGUUCCCCAAGGGCGCGGAGGUGAGAGAGUGUCGGAACGUAAAUGACGACUGGUAUCAUGGAACGUAUAUGGGAAAACGGGGACUGUUCCCGUCGCCGUAUGUCAAGGUCUUGGAUCGGGUCUAG